AAAAGUAUUAAUAUACGAAGAGUGCAAAUUGCCAAAAAAUGACUUUAUUUUUUUAAUGAAGGGUGGGUAGCCACCCUCCAUGCCUGCUAAGUCACCGUGUCCCCAGUAGGUGGCGCAGUCCGCCAACAUGGAGCCAUCUCUCUCUCUCACGGAUUUUUUUUUUCUUUUUUUUUUUUGAAGCCUUGCAUUGACUUGGGCCUAACGAUUCUCAGAUCGUCAUUAUUUGUAACCAUAGAGCAUGAAUUACCUCUUGAGGUCAUCAGUGAGAAUUUACGACUGGUCAACAAAAGCACGUGAUUACCAAACGCACCCCCACCCCCCAUAUUUGGCCGCAUACAUAGCAAAAACGAAGUACAGUGCAUUGCUAUAAUUCAUUAAUACAUCAUAAAUCGUCAAGCACAGGGUUAUAACGACCACGAGCCACAAAUCAAGCCCUCCAAAAUAACCCAAAUGAGCUCUUACUUUGUAAACUCGUUCUCAGGGCGCUAUCCAAAUGGCCCCGACUAUCAGUUGCUAAAUUAUGGGACCAGCAGUUCUAUGAACGGUUCGUACAGAGAUUCAAGCACCAUGCAUUCCAGCUCUUAUGGCUACAACUACAAUGGGAUGGACCUUAGCAUCAACCGCUCAGCCUCCUCUAGCCACUUUGGGGCUGGGGGAGAAAGCUCCCGCAGCUUCCCUUCGCCCGCUCAGGAGAGCAGGUUUAGGCAAGCGUCUAGCUGUUCCUUGUCCUCUCCCGAGUCCCUGCCCUGCUCCAACGGCGACAACCAUGGAGGCAAACCCGCCCCGUCCCCCUCCGACCAGGCUACUUCUGCCAGCACCAACACAAAUUUCACAGAAAUAGACGAGACCAGCGCGUCUUCGGGAACCGAAGAGGGCACCCAAAUAAGCAGCAACAUUAUUCCCAGGGCACAGGCUGAGCCCGUCGCUACAUCCACAGCAGCCACAGAAGGGCAGACACCACAGAUAUUCCCGUGGAUGAGGAAGCUUCACAUUAGCCAUGACAUGACUGGACCAGACGGUAAAAGGGCAAGAACCGCCUAUACUCGCUACCAGACCCUAGAAUUGGAAAAGGAAUUUCACUUCAAUAGAUAUCUCACCCGCAGGAGGAGAAUAGAAAUCGCCCAUGCUCUGUGCCUCUCCGAAAGGCAAAUUAAAAUCUGGUUCCAAAACAGAAGAAUGAAGUGGAAGAAAGAUAAUAAACUGAAAAGCAUGAGUGUAGCCUCCGCGGGCAGCGCCUUCCAGCCAUAAAUUAUAGAAAAGGAAUAUCAAGGAAAGAAAGAAGAAGGCGAAGAAAGGG